AUGGCUAAAAACGACCUAAAGCUUUUGGGUGGUUGGUUCAGUCCAUUUGCCCUAAGGGUGCAGGUUGCCCUUAACCUCAAGGGUCUAGAUUAUGAGGUUGUUGAACAGACUUUGAGUCCCAAAAGCGAGUUGCUUCUUAAGUCCAACCCAGUGCACAAGAAAAUACCGGUUCUCCUCCAUGCAGAUCAUAAACCUAUCUGUGAAUCUUUAAUCAUAGUUGAGUACAUUGAUGAGGUUUGGACCAAUGCUCCCUCCAUCCUUCCACAAAAACCCUAUGAUCGAGCUAAUGCACGAUUUUGGCUUUCUUACAUUGAUGACAAGUUGCUUACGUCCACCAAAAGUAUUCUAAUGGCUGAAGAUGAUGAAGCAAAGAAGCCACACUUGGAGCAAAUAGAAGAAGUUCUAGAGAAGAUGGAAGAAGUGUUCAACAAGUACAGUGAAGGGAAGGCCUUUUUCGGAGGAGAUACGAUUGGACUCAUUGAUAUUGGUUUCGGGAGUUUCAUGAGUUGGAUAAGAGUCACAGAGGACAUAAUUGGAAUAAAAGUGCUUGAUGAAGCCCGGAACCCUAGUUUGGCCCAAUGGGCUCAAUCGUUCGCUGCUCAUCCUUCUGUGAAGGGCCUUUUACCAGAGACUCCCAAGCUUACUGAGUUUGCCAAGCUUCUUAUACUACAAUGGACUGCAUCUGCAAGGUAA